GGAGGAGCUGCACCUGCAGGUGGCCUUUAAAACCAGUGCCAACUCCAACCUAUAGCUCAGACAUCCCUGCACGCUCUUCCACACAGCCCAGCCGCCUUCACUGACUUGCAUCCCCAGACAGUCCCCUGGUCAGCGUCUUGGAGUUCUUGCUCUCUACCGCAGCUGAAUCAUGUCUUCCAGCCGCAGAGUGGCCGUGGUGACCGGGAGUAACAAGGGGAUCGGCUUUGCCAUAGUGCGCGAUCUCUGCAAGAAAUUCUCCGGGGAUGUGAUUCUCACCUCCAGGGAUCUUACACGGGGCCAGGAGGCUGUGAAGAAGCUGAAGGAGGAGGGACUGAACGCCCUUUUCCACCAGCUGGACAUUGAUGACCUGCAGAGCAUUCGGACCCUGAGAGAUUUUCUCAAGGAGCGGUACGGGGGUGUGGAUGUGCUGGUCAACAAUGCUGGAAUGGCCUUCAAAGAAGCUGAUACUACACCUUUUCACAUUCAAGCUGAGGUGACAAUGAAAACCAACUUUUUUAGCACCAGAAAUGUGUCUACAGAAUUACUGCCUCUGAUGAAACCCCAAGGUAGAGUGGUGAACGUCUCUAGUGUGAUGAGUGUACGUUCUCUUCAAAAGUGCAGCCCAGAAUUACAGCAGAAGUUUAGGAGUGACACAAUCACAGAGGAAGAGUUGGUGGGGCUCAUGGAAAAGUUUGUGGAAGAUACAAAGAAGGGAGUGCAUGAGAAGGAAGGUUGGCCCAACACUGCUUAUGGAGUGUCCAAGAUUGGAGUCACUGUCUUGUCUAGGAUCCAUGCCAGACAACUGAAUGAGAAGAGGAAAGGUGAUAAUAUUCUUCUGAAUGCCUGCUGCCCAGGAUGGGUGAGAACCGACAUGGCAGGACCCAAGGCUACCAAAAGUCCAGAAGAAGGAGCUGAAACCCCAGUUUAUUUGGCUCUUUUACCCCCAAAUGUUACAGAACCUCAUGGCCAGUUUGUAUCAGAGAAAAAGGUUGAAAAAUGGUAAACUUAAUUUGUGAAUCCAUUCUAGUAAUACCUGAGCAUUACAUAUCUUAGAUCUCAUUUAAAAGUGCACUUUUAGAAAGAAAUAAAAAUAAAAGUACAUUUUGUAACUUGAAUCAUUGUCAUAGCUAAUAAGGUGUUCUCUUUGAGUUGCCUAGUAAUUAUGUGAGAGAUUUUGUAAUGACUAAAUAUUUGUAAUGUAGGAAAAACAUGCAAAAUUCAUAUCGUUUAUA